GUAUCGGUCUGGUCCGCUGGUAAAACAUGAUCUAAUGUAUGACGACAUUGUGCGCAUGCGUCGUAUCGUAAAGAGGAGAUUUUGAUCGGCGCCCUGCGGUGGACUUCUUCAUUUUAGUUCCGACGAAAAACGUUUAUUUAUUUAUAAUUACACUCUUGGCUACGCAAAAUGGGAGGUCAAGAGUUUGGAAAACUUGCCAAAUACAGACAUGUGAUCACCUACUCAUUGUCACCGUAUGCACAGAAACCAUUUGCAGGCUACUUCUCCCAGGGUAUGCCAAACUUAUGGCGACGAUUUAGAAGUAAAGUCUUCAUUGUAUCACCACCAAUGAUUGUUGCAUAUCUUAUAUAUACUUGGGGAACUAAUACUCACGCAAAACUUGCUCGAAAGGACCCUGCUCAGUUUGCCAAUGAUCAGUAGCCAUGGUUAGCUUUAAAUGAACUUGAUGUAGUGGUACUCACUGUACUGGAGGUGGUACUCUUAUGAGGAGAACUCAAAUGCUUGAGGUGUACUUUACUGCAUGGUGUUGAUUAUUUAAACCAUCAUUGACUAAUACUACAAUGGAUAGAUUUCAUAAUUUUUGUGCUUCCAACAACAUGUUGUGUAGGAAAAUGAAAACAAUAAUUAUAUACAUCAUAUCACAUUGUUUAUAGUGGAAAUGACACAAGAAGGUGGCAGCCACAAUUUUGAGUUAAUUAAAAAAUUAAAUUUUCUGUUCUGUUCGAAAACAAGUGGAGAGGAUAUGCAUUAAAAGAUUAUUAUAAUUAAGCAUA